AUGGCGUCCCUCGGAGACUUGGUCGACCAGGUCGACCUCAACGACCUCGACUACGUGCACCUGGUGCCAUACAACGGCUCCGGCCCUACGGGAGGAGACUCUCUCACAGAGGAUCUCAACAUUUGGUACGAGACUGGUGAUAUCGCAUGGAUGAUCACUGCGACAGCUCUCGUGCUGCUCAUGAUCCCCGGAGUAGGUUUCUUCUACUCUGGAUUGGCCCGAAGGAAGUCGGCUCUGUCUCUCAUCUGGCUCUCCGUCAUGGCCACGGCCGUCACCAGCUUCCAAUGGUUCUUCUGGGGUUAUUCUCUCACCUUUUCGCACACAGCAGGCGCCUUUAUUGGCGACCUGGCCAACUUUGGCUUCAGGAACGUUCUCGCCCGACCUUCCGUAGGCUCCGACCGCCUUCCCGAUCUCCUCUUCGCCGUUUACCAGGGAAUGUUCUCGUGCAUCACGGUUGCUCUUGCGACCGGAGCCGUUGCCGAGCGUGGACGCAUGCUCCCGUGCGUCAUCUUCAUGUUUAUCUGGGCGACGGUUAUCUACGAUCCUAUCGCCUGCUGGACGUGGAACCCUAGUGGCUGGUCUAACAAGAUGGGUGGUCUCGACUUUGCCGGAGGAACACCCGUGCACAUCGCGUCUGGCACAGCCGCUCUGGCCUACUCCAUGAUGUUGGGCAAGCGCCGCGGUCACGGCACCCACGAGCUCAACUACCGACCCCACAAUGUCACUCACAUUGUUAUUGGCACCGUCUUUCUGUGGGUUGGUUGGUUUGGUUUCAACGCUGGAUCGGCGCUUUCGGCAAACUUGCGCGCUGUCCUUGCUGCUGUCGUAACGAAUCUCGCAGCUUGCGUCGGAGGUAUCACUUGGUGUGUACUGGACUACAGGCUGGAGCGCAAGUGGUCCACGGUCGGAUUCUGCUCUGGUGUCGUUGCUGGCCUGGUCUCCAUCACUCCUGGUUCUGGAUACGUCCCAGUGUGGGCUGCCGUUCCGUUCGGCGUCCUUGGAGCUGCCUUUGCCAACUACGCCACCAAGCUGAAGUUCAUUCUGAGGAUUGACGAUGCCCUCGACAUUUUCGCCGUCCAUGGCAUCGGCGGUCUGGUCGGCAACGUCUGUACGGCCUUCUUCGCUGCUAACUACAUUGCGCACCUGGACGGCGUUUCCACCAUCGACGGCGGCUGGAUCAACCACAACUGGAUUCAGCUUGGAUACCAACUCGCUGACUCCUUCACUGGCGGUGCCUAUUCUUUCGUUGGCACUUGCAUCAUACUUUUCAUCAUGAACAUGAUCCCUGGCCUUCGUCUUCGCGCCACGGAGGAGGCCGAGAUUCUAGGUAUCGACGACGCCGAGAUCGGCGAGUUUGCAUACGACUAUGUUGAGCUUACCAGGGAGGUUCUGAAUGACAUGGACAACGAGGCCGCCAGCCGUUACUCCAACGACAUGGCUUCCUUCCAGCCGAUGGAGAAGAACAAUAGCAUUCCGUUGAUGGAUGCUCGUAACUUCGCAGGAUCAUCACACUUCCCUCCACAAUUUGGUCACGCCCAGUGA